AUGUCAUUCCAACAAGCUUGGCGACACUAUCUAUUCACCACCUUCUUCCACAAUUGCAAGGAGACACCACAAGACAUCAAGGAGCUUUUUGAGAAGGCUAAAAUACAACCCACAUUCAAAAUCCUCUACAAGAUUGAAGACCCAGGUCAAGUCUCUAUACCUUGUCAAGUAAAUGGUCAUUACUUUGAUAGAACACUUUGCGAUUCUGGAUCUUGCAUCAACUUCAUGCCAACCCAAACCGCCAAACUCCUUGGUAUCACACGCUUACAACCUACUCAGAUUAGUACUGGACUUGCUAAUCAUACUAUUGUCAAACCAAGAGGAGUAGUAGUUGAUGUUCUUCUAGAGAUUGGAGAUACCAAGAUCCCGGUGGAUUUUCAUGUUAUGAACAUCAAAGGAGGAUGUGAUACGCCCUUGAUACUAGGCCGACCUUUCUUGGCCACUGCUGGUGCUAUUAUGGACUUCCAAACAGGCGAAUCUCUUUAG